AUGCAAGUGGGAAAGUAUUCUUCAUUGAAGUUACUUCUGAUUCAGGUGUUUGUUAUUUAUUUGUGCUUUGCAGAAGGUAAGCAGUGAAAUAGUUGUUAUUUCAAGUUAACACUAAAAGAUCUAUAGUCCUCUAUAAUUCAUGAAUGCAUAUAGCUGCUCAUAAUUUCCAAUUCUGUAAGUAAGGAAAAUGCUCUCUUAGCUUCUGAUUUACCAGUCGAUUAAUCAAACGCAGUAGUGAAUUGACAAAUUAAGGUACGUCAAUUUGAAAACAGCUUGCGGAUUAAAAGAAUUAUCAGUAGGUGUCACUUGUACGUGCCGAAUGUAAAAGAGGUAAGCCUGUUUAACUUCAACUGUGUUUUUAACUGUGCACAAUAUCAUUGUGCAAAUGUUAACAAUUUUGAAUACUUCAGUGAGUAGGAAUUUGAAUAAUUCUUUUGCAAGAAUUCCGACAAGAUUACUCAUUUUUGACUAAGAACUCUUGCGUGUGAGCCAGUCUAAACGUGUGCAGUAUGGCGUUUUUUUUCUGAGUUCUUCUCCGAACAAUUUUCAGAAGAGUCAUUAUUGAUAUUAUAUAUAAUUUUUAAUGAUGACUCAUGGUCACUGAGCUGUUUCGCUUAUUAGUUUCAAAAAAUAAAUUAAACUCCCACUAUCACGAAUACUGAAGGAGGCUUAGCAACGUUAUAGCCUGCCUUGCUGAACCCUUCGAUGAAAUAGUCAUCCUACGAUUAUAUACACUUAAUUUUCAAAGCUGGGAGGGAUGAACGUGAGCGCGUGUGAUUCUGCUUUUCACGAGAAGAGGCGAUAAGAUAAAUGAUAAUUAAACGACAAUAAUUUUAAAAAAAGGAAAAAGGGAUUUCACUUGUUGUCCAGUGAAGACAAAAACAUUGACCUAGUAACAACAGCACACCAAGGAACAAAUAAAACAAAAAUUAUUUUAGCUCUGUCAUUCUGUAUCCAACUACGAAUCACUUAGAGUAUGGUUCAAAGUACCGUUUGGAAUUCACGCGAAUCUAGACUUCACCCCCCGGGGGGUACUCCCAUGCAUUACCUAUACGGGUAUGUGCCGCCCAACGGGGUGGUGAUUUUGAAGCUCCUGAUUUAGAACGGGGUAUCCAUUUCAGAGGCGUUUUCUAGAACGGGGUAUCAAAAAUUGUGGAUCGCGGCUUUAUCUUCUGCUUAAAAUUGUUGCUCAUUAUGAAGAAGCAUUUAUUUGAUGUAUAAGUCGAACAAAUAAAGAAAUAUCUUUUUUAAAAAACAGGGCUAUUUCAAUUAACAAACUUUCUAGAACGGAGUAUAAACAAUUGGCCCAUUUCUAGAACGGGGUAUCAGUUUAAGGGUGAAUUCUAGAAGGGGGUGUAAAAAAUUGGCCCAUUUCUAGAACGGGGUAUCAAUUUUAGGGGAAAUAUUUUUUAGAACGGGGUGCCAAUUUGCAGUCCCGGGCGGCACAUACCCACCCAAAAAAUACCCAAGUGCUCCCCCCGGGACUUCACCUAACUUUGGCCGGGUUAGUCACUCGCUAUUAGAAAGUGCAAAGUACUGGAAAAAUCAAAACUUUUCUUCAACCAAGAUCUGUUGAGGCAUAAUGUUUGCGGUGAACAGAUUAAUAAUAAUAAUAAUAAUAAUAAUAAUAAUAAUAAUAAUAAUAAUAAUAAUUAUAAAUCUAUAACGCGCCUUUUCCAUGCAAAUAUGAUCAAAAGCGCGUGACAACACGUAAAUGUUAAAAGAAAAUAAAAGCUAAAAUGAGCAAAAUAAUUAAGGCUAAGAACAAACAACGCUAAAAAUUAAAUAAAGAUAAAAAAACACUAAAUAUAUUACAUAGUAGGUUAAAAAUUACAUAUCAAAAGCUAGUCUUAAAAGAUGCGUUUUAAGUAAAGAUUUAAAACGUUCAAAAUUGUCCUCAAGACGGAUGUGAAGGGGCAGAUUGUUACAUAAAUUAGGGGCAGCAGAUGAAAAAGCACUAUCCCCUAAAGUCUUUUUCAGUUUUAGACUAGGAUACUUUAACAUUCACGUGUAGAAGCAAACAUGGCUAGGAGGCAAGCAAGCCUUCAGUUGGAGAUGAUAUGCAAAAUUUGGCAGCUCAGGAAUGUGAUUCUUUUCAUGCCUUUCAAUUGACUCUGUCGGGAACAUUUGGUCGGUGCCAUUGUCCUUUUGUUUCCUUUCUCUCGCUUGGUGUUGUUUUCCUCUAACUAAAACAUAAAAUGAGUCAAAGGAACAACGAAAGGCGACCCCGACCUCGAGUCAGGAAAUUAGGCAAAGUUUUAAAAUCAAAAAGCGUUAAUCGUUUUAUUCCAACCGUAUACUGAUUGUACUAAGCCUUAGAGUGGAUUCCCAUUGCCGCGCAAUUUUUACGUGUGUUUUAAAUUUGCGCGCGCGCAAAUUUUAAUCACGUUAUAAUAAGAUAGAGGUAAGAUAAAACGCUGUUGAGCAUAAACGAGACUGAGUUGAGCGAAGAUCAACUUUUACGCUUACUUGCGACCUUCUGUGCAUUGUCUCUAUUUUAUUUGUGAACGUAAAUUUUACGCACGUUGCGUAUUUUCUCUAUUAAACGCCGGCCUCGAAAAAACGCCUGGUCUAAACUGGCGAUUUUGAAAUAAGCUCUUGGGCGUUUAAUCGAGAGAAUACGGUACGCACGUAAAAAUCACGCGACAGACCCUUUGAUAUGAGGGAAAUAUUGUAGCAUUUAUUCUAGGGGACCGUUCCUUAUCAGGUGGGGGUGGAGGGGGGGGGGGGGGGGGGGGCGGGGGGAAAACGCGCAGUGGUUAAAGAGGCGCUUUUAAAUAAAUGCUUGGGGGUUAAGAUCGGGAAAAAGAGGGAAGCAGGAAAAAAUACGCGCCGAGCCCUUUUGUAAGAGGGGAAAAUUUUGAGUUUUUUUUUGGGGGGACUCGUCUUUAAGAGGGGGGGGGGGGGGGGGGGGGGGGGGGGGGGGCCGGUGGGAUUUGAGGAGGGCCAUGCCAAAAAAUAGGGCAAGGAGUGGGGCAGGCAAAAAAAAAAUAUUGGGUGUAAAGGGGUGGUCACCAAAGGAAUUCUUUCAAGUUUUGCAGUGACGGUAUCUGUGGUAACGAAGUGGGCAACGGCAUCGAAAAUGUCACCCAAUUCGCGCUGCUUCAAACUUCAUCACUCUUAUUGCAACUCUUUUAACUUGUCAAAUGUUGGCAUUUUUUUUCAAGAGUUGAUUUCUAAAGGACUAUAACUAAGUUAGCAAAAAGAAAAAGAAAAUCGUUGCCUUGUGUUCCCGUCCUCCAUAAAACGUGAAAUUAGGAAGUUUCACGUAGUAUUCGUGCACGGCAAAGAAAUAACGGUGUCACUACGGCGACGGCAACGAGAAAGUCAUGCCCAAAAAAGCUGUAGGUUAAGGUUUGCAAAACAACAAUUUUGCACGUGCCUCACGCUUUUUUGUACAUUUCUUUGCUGUUACUGCAUGACUACGACGUGAAUUGCCUAAUUUCACGUUUUAUCGACGUUGACUCGGCUGGAAGGGUGACCCUUCUACCAGGAAGUGGUUUUCACAUUUACCGCGUCUAAAUUGACGACGUCAAUCGUGACUUAUUGAAAUAAAUGUUGUAAUAUAAAAUUACUGUGAAUUCGAUAUGUGAAUUUCGGUUGAUCAAAACCUCUAUUGCUCAGUUUAUUCAGUUGUUAUGAUUUUUAACUUUGUUUGUAUAGUAUUAAUUAAAUAGUAAAACAAUACGCCAACAAUAAUCAAGCUAUGAUUGGGGUAGUUUGAUGCGCCAAUGGAUACAAUAUUUUUUUAGACGCUGUAUUCCAUUUCGAACAAGCAGCAAUAUCGGUUGAUGAAGAUCAAGGAUCUGUUGUCGUUAAUGUCGUUAACACUGGUAAUACGAGCUUCAAUGCUACUCUGAGGUGAGAAUAUUACUUAUCAUUUGAGAUUUUCUUGAACCUUGAAGUAGAAAAAAGUCUACCGAAGUUGAUGUUUACUAUCAUCAUCAUCAUCAAAAUCUUCAUUAUUAUCUCUUCAUUAUCAUUAUCAUAAUCACCGUGAUCAUUAUCAUCGUUAUCUCCAUCAUCUUCAUCAUCGUAUAUCAUCAUCAUCAUCAUCAUCAUCAUCAUCACCGGUUAUAUGCACACAACUAACAACAACUUCAGCUCCUUAAAUACUAUUUCGCAACGUCUAGUCAAUUGCCAUAACGCAUGAUACGACACUACAAUCAUCAAUAACCAUGACAACAAUGUCAUCAUCAUCACUAUCGUCAUCAUACCAAAUUAACCAAUCACUUUCAUUCUCGAAAUCAACAACAACACAACAGUAGCAACAGCAUUAUCAAUGAAAUCAUCAAUUUCAUCAUCGGCUGCAUCAACAUUCCCACCACCAUUAUCGGCAUCGCCUUCAGUACUAUUAUCAUUUUCAGCAUGAAAUAACCGCCGUUAUCAGCAACGUCAAGCAAUAAUCUAGUCGCCAAGCUUUGAAAAUAUUAAGACGGAAUCCAUCAGGAAAUUGAGUAAUUUUUAUUUUCAGUGGACAAAGACCUUGUACCAGAAUAAUUUAAACGUCAAAUUUCACAAGAAUUGUGAAAAGACAAGUUAAUUUCUGAAAAUUUCGUGUGUAAUAUGUCGUUUUGUAAGAUUUGACAUUUAUUUUCUCUGGCUCUCAUGAAAAAAUUUUUUUAGCUCUUAAAAAAUGUAAAAAGAAAAUGCGAUAUUGUUUAAAUUACUCUGGUACAAGGUUUUUGUCCACUGAAAAUUGAAAUUACUCAAUGUCCUAAUGGAUACCGUCUUAAGAACUAGUCAUGGGCUCCUGGAAUUAUUCUUAUCAAAUUUAUUGCCAUCACUAUCAUCGUUAACAAUUCUGGUAAUUUAAACUUCUCUCCGAUGAGAGAAAGCAUAUACGAGAGAGGAUUUUUCAGGUAAAAGGAAGAAUUUCCUGUGGCUGGAAAAUAUCGCUAGGCUUUGUGAUCGUAAGACACAUAAUAAAUACUAUGACUGGUCCCGAGGGAAACAGUUGACUUUGUUUCCCGAGAAUCUCAAUGUGUCGAAACAUUGUGAUUUGUUAUAUAGCUGAAACUUUUGAAGCUGGAAAUUCAUUGAACCUCGCUGAGAGGCGGUCGUUGGUCAACAUUCGCGGGUAAAAGUGCACUGUAACCCUCUGACGUCAUAAAUUUUGCAAUGUUACCCGCUCAGCGAUUUUGGCGGGAAACAGUUUCAUUUUUAGAUGUCAUGGACCUCAAAGUAACCAAUGAGAGCGCCCGCUGCUGGGAAAAAAAUUCCACCUACAUAACACAGGACUAAUGUUUAACCUAGUGGUUGAAAUAUAGCUUUUGGAAUACGAAGUCAGGUUACGAAGGUUGGAGCGAUCUUUUAAUUACAAAAAAUGCGCAAUUGUUCACCAUUGCUCAGAUUUAUACCAAUACCCAUCUAGACGGAUAAUCCGACAAAUUCGGACAAAUUUAGAAGGAUUUUUGGUUUCGAGGAAUCGAAGGGAAAAAAUAAUUACCGUGGGUGCUUACCAUUUGACAGAUAAUGUCGGGAAUUUCGGGUGGAAAGUAAAUGGCAAGGUCACUUUUCGGAAAUUCCAACCAAAAAUUGAGGAGUACGUUUUGAGGUAGUCCUUUCAUUCCGGUUGGUACAAACCAAAUGGAAUGUCGCUUACUAUUUACCAUUUCUCGGUUCCUUCUCGGUUCUAGACUCGCGCUACACAAAUUCUCCCGUUCUUUGGAUUCAAACCGUAACGGAUGUGGCAAUUCUACCGUACACUGGUAAAUCGCUUACCAUUAUGCUUUCGACAACCCAACCGGAUUUUUCUGUCAAAUGGUAAGCACCAAAUGUUUCCGUCAUCGUUUCCGGGGAUAUGAACUUUGAAGCUGAAAGGUUUGAAUGGGCGCGUGUGUGUGUGUGUGUGUAUGUGUGUGUGUGUGGUUGGUGGCAAAAAUGUGAGAAUUAGAUCCUUAUUUCGUAUUCAUAUUUUACAAACAAGGAUUUUUUUUAUUCCAGGAUAAAUUUGUUGGAUGGGUCAGCCAAUGUCUUCGGAGACUAUGUACCGCCGGUGACAGGCGAGAUUUUGAAUUUUCAACCCGGUGAAACAGUAAGAGGUAUAACUAUCGUAAUAAUCGACGAUGAUUUGAUCGAAGGACCUGAGCAAUUUAAUAUCACUUUCUCCAUCGUUUCACCCAGCCCUGGUUUGACCAUCGGACAACCAUCAGUUAUACAAAUAACGAUUACGGAUGAUGAUGCGCCUGCACCU